AGCCGUAUGGUUGUGUCAUUGGACUGAUUGGACCAAUGAGCAAGAGCAAGCAAGAGUAGAUUCAAAGCACUCUCUGAAAUUCUGAAUAAAAUCAAUCACCCGUUUUGUGCAUGUGUUUUGAGCAAAAUAAAAACCAAUAAUUGAGUGUUGUGAUUGUGAUAAAUUAGUGAAUAUUGAUCUUAGCAGUGAAAUUGAAGUGAUUUUGAUGGCUGAACGUGCUUAAAUCAACCGACGUUUAUCUGGAUUUUUCCACAAUACAUCAACUUUUCACUUUCGUCAACAGAACAAUUAAUGAUAUAAAAGGUUGUUAUCAUUUCAGAUCAUAUAUGCCUGCAAAACGGAAAUUAGACAUGGUGGACUACUACAGGACUCUAGGUGUGUCACGGACAGCAACAGAAGCUGAAAUAAAAAAGGCCUACAGAAAGCUCGCUCUAAAGUGGCACCCCGACAAGAACCCUGACAAUGCAGAUGAAGCAAACAGAAGAUUCAAAGAAAUAUCAGAAGCUUAUGAAGUUUUAUCUGAUGAGAACAAGCGGAAAGUGUAUGAUGCACGGGGAUCCAGUCACCACGGUCACAGAUAUCAGAGCAAGAGCGGAGUGAAUGGGCAUCGACACUUUAGCUUCAAGGGUUUUUUUGGAGAUACACCAUUCCACCGAUUUUUUGAGAGGAAGCGUCAAGUGUAUGACCAAUACGGCAAGGAGGGGCUGAGCAGUAGCAGAGGCAGGCGGUCCGCUGCAACAGACGACUUCGACUUUGGCCUUUACACUGGUUAUCCGUUCACAUUCCGGGAUCCCGAUGAGGUGUUCAGAGAAUUCUUUGGUGGCUCAGCAUUUGGUGAACUUUUUGGAGAGCUGAACGGGCACAGCCAACGGCACGGGCGGCGCGGGCAGCACUCCGGCACGUCGCUAACUUCGUCCCUGUUCAGUCCGCUCGGGUUCGGCAUGGGGCUGAACGACAUAUUCGCGUCCAACGGCAACUUCACGUCGUUCUCGACGUUCAACAGCGCGCUCGCGGGCCCCGGCAGCGCCAACAUGAAGAGCGUCACCACUACAACACGCAUCGUCAACGGGAAAAAGAUCACCACUAAGAAGGUCAUGGAGAACGGUCGCGAAACAGUCAUGUCCUACGAAAACGGGGUCCUGAAAUCAAAGACUGUCAACGGUGUACCUCAGUCGCUCACUUACAGUUAAAUAUGUAUAACUAUAUCGUAACCAAACACAAUCCAAAUGACAACUUACUCUAUAUGUUAUGCGAGUAACCAGUUCCAAUGUUAAUUUAGUCUUGCUUAAUUGUAAUGUAGUUUUGGCACUGUAAAUUGAUAGUGUAGCGAACAUCUAAACCAUACUUAAUUUAGUUUUAAGCCUUUGCAUAUAACUGUACCGUGGUGUCGAUACGUCGCAGAGACAUACCACACGAUAUAGCGCCUGCACACGGAAAGUUCGGACCGCACAUUGAACUAUUCGGAUAAUCUGAUUACACUCGGCGAUAUCGACCCGAUACUCUGUUAACGAAUGUAAUUAAAAUCGCAAAGAGGUCUGUCUGACACAUUGCGUCUGUGUUUGUUAAUAGACUCUUGAAUUUGGUCCAGUAACCAAAUCAAUAGCUCAAGACUCUUGUGUGAUUUUUAGCUUUGCUCUAAUAAUUAUUAUUGUAUUAGGAGGCCCGCGAAUAUUUUUUUCAAAUCGAUAUUUGGAACGACUCGAGUUGCUUUCCGCGGUGCGAACUUCCCUUGUGAACGGCGCUAGACUAUAAAUGCUCACCUCGACUGCUCCGUAGAUGUAUGAUCUCAAUUCUAGGAACAUUCUCUGCACGGUGUAAAUUAUUAUCGUAUUCAGUCAUUUAGGAUAAACGCUCGCCUACCCAAGUAUUCACUUAGCUCGAUAUCGUAGCUACGUCAAAAUUAGCUAGUUAUAAAUUGAAAAAUUCGCUAAAAUACGAUCACUGUGACCAGAUGAAAAAGCUCAAUAAGAUAAGAUAGCGUUUUUAUGCAGAGAGUUGAAGGAGAGGUAUAUUUUUAAUUGUAUAAUAGUUUCAUAUGGACGAUAUAAUAAAUCUAUCACUAUUCACCGCUAUGAAUGUUUGGAUUUUUGAAGGAUUUGGAUUCGUUGGCGGCAUAUCUGGUCACAAACAUAUCUUGAAUGUUAUUCGAUGCAUCAAUCGCUUUGAGUUUGCGUUAGUGAAACGAUUCUAUUAGUCAAAUAUAACAAUUAGCUUGUUUGGAUUUGUAAGUUUAAUGUUAGAAAAUUGUUAGCGCUGGUCGGCUUCACACUCUGCCUUAGCCAGUAGCAGAGGCGACUCAUUUCGGAGUAGGUUCCUUUUUAAUUUUCGUUUUUGUAAUAGUUUAGUUGGAUAUCGCGCCGUGUUUUAUUUUUUUAGUACUUUUUAAAUUUCUGUUUAAUUUUCGCGUCAAUUUUUUUUUUGGUCGUUUCCUACCUACUUUUGUAAUAAAAGCUCACGUGUAUAAAGUAGUAGCACCACUUUUGUAUUUAAAAAUGUGUUACACGAUAGAAAAAAUAUUUAUGUGAAAUUUUACUAUUCGUGUAUCAGUAAACAUAGAAAAAGUGAUGAAAUCUUACUAUAUUUAUACUUUUACAGAGAUCAUUAUGGUCUUAACAAAGUUUCCCAAAAUUUGUCACUACUCUAUAUUAAUUCAUAAAGAGCAUAAAGCUUACUCGAUAAGUAAAUCUAAAAAUUAGAUUUGUAUAAAUUGUAACGUUCAACGUCCUACAUAGAAGUUAUGUGCGUUCAUAACUCAUAACGGAACAAAAGUAAAUUAAUAAGUAUUAAAACAGCUUACAGGUAAACUGCAUUUGGUAAUUUUGAUUUAGGAAGCUUAAAAUUCACGUCGCUAAGUCUCUAAACUAUUGUAUAGGUACUUAAUUCGAUGAUAUAAUUUUAAUGUAAUCGAAGUUAUGUUUUAGCUCAUUUUUAUAAAAUAGUUUCGGAAUGAUUAACUUAUCGCGGCUGGACGGACCCGCGCGAGUGACGUGUGCCAUCGAGAUGUUCAAACAAUAAGUCGCUCGAGCCUAGAGCCCUAGAACAACACGCGGUAUUAAUGUCGGUGUUUUCAAUGUUUUAUGUCUAUAAAAUUGUUGUGAGCAACUCAGAAGCACUACGAGAUAAAUAAACCAAAAUUAAUAUCAA